CGCCGGCGGCGAGGGCGUUAGCAGGGGCGAGCUGCUGCGUUGUGUGGACAAAUUCGUUCUGGCACGGUGAGUGGUGAUGGGGCUCGUUGGAAGGAGGAGGUGUGGAGCCGAGCAGCUUCUUAGUACACCAUAGGAAGAAAGGGGAGAGAAGACACAAGGGCGUUGCGGGAGAAAGAAAAUGAAGCGGUCACUGCAUAGUGGACGCGGAGGACAACGCCUCAGCAGUGGAGGCCGAGGCCGAGGGCGUGACGUUGCGCCGGGAAAAAAUCGCAUUGAACAAAAGACGUCGGCGGCGGCUGCUGGCACCGGCACUGAAGCGAAGAAUUCCAGAAAAUGGAUGGCUGCAAGGACUCAGUCAGCCAGGCAGCAGCAGCAGCAGCAGCGGGAAAAGCUGCUGUCUUUUCCUGUUGAGGCAAUGGAGAGUGACGAACGAGAACACAGCCGCACCGCUGCACGAGCAAAACGGUUUGCGGCUUUUGAGUCUGGCAACCGGUACAAAGAGCUACGGCUCCGGAGAGAGAAAGAGCAGGCUGAAUGGAUUGCUCGACAGUCCUCCAACUGGCGAGAAAACGAGACACUCGUAGGCACAUGCAUGGACAUGUGUCCAGAAUUUGAGCGAGAGGAGCGGGAGUUUCACAAAUCGGUGCAUCCAUUCGAGCUGGAUCCUGUUUCGAAGCGGAUAGCCAGGGACAAAGCCGUCAAAGCGUACCAUCGUCCUGCCGCCGGUAACGGACCCAUUCUGCCCAGCGACGUUCGGCCGCCAAGAGUGCUGAAAAAGACUGUGGACUAUUUGCUUCGUGAUCUGCUUCAGCGGCACCAGUUCCAGGAAGUGCAUUCUUUCCUGCGAGACCGUCUGCGUGCUGUGUGCCAGGACUUUUCCGUUCAGGCCACUAUUUCAAAGGAGGCCGUGUACGUGCAUGAGCAAAUUGCCCGGUUUCACGUCGUCGCCAUCAAUGAACUCAGCCAAGAUCCACUGUUCAGUAUGCAGCAGGAGCUUGAGCAGCUUAAUAAGGUUCUUUAUGUGCUGGAUCAGCUUUACAAUGAACGUCGUUGUCGACAGAAAAUAAACAAAAACGAGGCCGAGUUUCGGACGUACAUGAUCCUGCUCGACCUUCCUAAUCCGUCCAUCGUCGUCGAAUGCCAGAAAUGGCCGAUUAGCGUGCUUCAGGAGAGCCGUGUUCAGGCAGCCUUGCGUCUGCAUGCACUGGCACAGAAAAGCACACAUGCCCAAACAUCGUACUCCUUUCUGGGGAAGACCUGGAGCGCCAAUGCCAUUCCCACUGAUGCAGCUGUCAAUCUAUACACGCGUUUCUUCAAGAUUUUACGGCGAGACCAAAACGUCACGUUCCUGAUGGCAUGUUUGCUUCAGCUGUACAUUCCUAUUGUCCGACAAGGUGCGUUGAUGGGAAUGCGUCGCUCGUUUCUUUCAGCUCACGCUCCAUAUCCUGCACAAGACUUAAAAACUGCACUGGCGUUUUCCACGGACGAGCAGUUGCUUCAGUUCUGUAAAUUGCAUAAUCUGAGCAUGAACUUCGAUCAGGACAAUGGCGAACUCGUUCAAAUAGAGCUUUCCAAGCGAGCUAAGUUUUCGGAGCCGAGUGCGGUAACAAAGGAUAUUUAUGAUGCCUCCUUUGCUCAAAUCAAACGACCAAAUGCGUCUUUGUCCGAGAUCAUAUGCUUCGCUGGUCGAAACGAUAGACAAAGACUGCAAGGGGUCAAUAGCACUGCUUAGUGGGAUGGAAACGCGAAUAGUUAUUUCUUUUGUUUUUCCCUUUUAAAAAUGGAAAGUCUCGGCUUGGACGUGAAGUGAGCCAAAAAUGGUCAAAAUCUUGAGGUGAACUUGCUCUAUACUUUGGUUCCCGUCAAUCAUGAGCCAUGAGUCGUCAUUCUUCCGCUCUUUCACAAACUCUUGUCUCAGUAGGGCGUAUUUCUCAGCGACAGUGCGUUGAAAGACGGGCAAUUCGUACCGUUCAUUUCCAAAACCUGCUCGUUUCGAAGCAAUAUUGGGGUCUACCUGGAAAAACAGCACGAUGUCUGGAGAGGGAAGACCUCUUUCGGGUUGCUUGCACCAAUCCCAAUCCAUUCCCUAAAUCGUGUUCAGUAGUUAGUUGUUUGAUUCACUUUACAUCCACGUGUAAAUGACUAUCUCGUACUUUAGCUGCCGAGAAUGCGACUCCAGAGAAGCUGUACCGGUCGACAAUGCAAUGAACUCCGUCUGCAAGUGCAGCUUCAAUGGUGGACGCGAGUUCCCACCGAUUUGCUGAAAAAAGCAGGUGGAUGGCCUCGUCCGGAAGUUUGUUUUUGUUCUUUAGAUACGCGUCAAUUUGCUUUCCGAUUGUUGUUCCACGGUCUGAGGUGUUUAAUUAGUCAAGGUUUGUUUUUUAGUACAUUGAACUCGUUCUCUCACCAGGAAAACGGAGGAGAAUCGCCCGUUGUCCGCGGUCAAUGAGCGCCUUCUUCAGCAGUUCUGCCUGCGUAGACUUUCCAGAGCGAUCCAAUCCUUCGAAAACCACAAAUUUUCCGCGCAUUUUCUACUUAUUGGGAGGAUAUGUGUAAAGGUCAAAUGUACAUGGACUUGAGCAGUCGGUUCAAAAUGCAGUCGCGUCGCGACGCGUCGGGUAACCUUAAUUUGGACGAUAUAGUUUCUACAAGCGCCCGAGUGCGACUAUGCGGAAAUAAGUUCCUCUACGCUAAUAAGAAUUCUUUAUUCCAUGCGCUUAUACAGUUCAACUGCUUCGUUAUUACUUUCAAAUUUGGAACUGAGAAUAAAAAAGAAAUCGUUAAAUAACAUGAAAACAAACUAAACAAAUUCGUGGAGUACACAUCUGUGUCUCUCUCAACAGCAAAACGAUCAUUACAUAAGUUUAGGGUUUCAAUGCAGAGAAACGGAGACGUUUGUAUUGAACAAACCAACGUCCAUCUUCCCUCUCGGAGACGAACUUCAUUGCUUGAUAAACAAAAUCAAGCAAGUCUUGCUUCCACUCGGGAAACGCCGAGUAAAAGUUGAAAGCAAAUGUGUCUAUCCAUCCACGGACAUCAUCAACCAGAGGCGUUGGGCGAUCAAAUAUACCGAUCGACUCAACUUGGAAGCCAGCAUCUUCCAAGAGUUUCAUAUAGCCUAAAUCAAAAAAAAAUGUUAGUAAAGUUGUAUCAAUCACAAAGAACGAAAGACGUUAUUUUUUCAGUCUCACCAUGCUCAGAACCAAAGUAAAACGGACACAAGUCGUCAAUCGUCUCUCGAGGAACACCACGAGAAAGGUAAAAUGCGUAUAUACUGGUCAUAGCUUCAGCAACAUUUCCAAAACCUGUUUGAAACAAUUCAUUAGCAAGACACGUUCCCUAGUACUCCAAAAGCAAACAACAACAAUAAAGAACGUACCUCCCGCUUCAACAACAAAGCGGCCGCCCUUUCGCAAAACACGAUGAACGCCUUGCAUAACAAUUGCACGUUCUUCGGGUUUCCGAAGGAUCCAGUGAAAAGCCGCGUUGCUGAAAACUACGUCAAAGCUUGCAUCGGGUAAGACGGUUUUUGCCUGCAAGAUGUCUUGACCAGGAAUGCGAUAGACUUCAAGCGCCUUUGCUUUGGCCGCCUUGAGCAAGUUGUCGCUCGCAUCAACGCCGAUGACAUGAGCGCAUUGCGAAGACAACUUCUUAGUCAACACGCCGUCACCACAACCAAUGUCCAGGACGCGAUCGGUGGGCUUCAGCUUGGCCAUCUCGACAAUGGAGCUUGUCAUUUGAGGCACAAACGACGCAUUUUUAACAUAUUUUUCUGCAGACCAAAGAUCUUCAGUAACCAUAAUGAGUAAAGGACUUCUUUGAAUGUUCAGGAUUUCACGAGAGAAAAGCAAGAAAUUGCAGACUGUUUUAUAGCUGUUUUCGUUUAAAAAAAAAAGGGAGUAUCAAAACAGACAGGAGGAAAUCUGAUUGUUAGCGAUCACGGUAAGGAGACGCGAAUUCGUGAUGGAGACAUGACAAGUAAAAGCCUGAGACGAUUGGACGUGCAAAUGAAGAACACUGAUAUUCUGUUUUUUGCAAACAUCUAUAAUAAUAAUAAUAGUACAAGUGUCUCAUAUCCA